GUUGCUUAUCCAGCCCAAUAUGGCUUUUCACCGCUUUGCGUGUGCUGCUGACAAGUCCUCUCGCUGCCUUUGUUCCAGACGUACUGCGGCUCGGCCUGUCAUGGAGGGAGCCCGGCAAACUAGGAUUUGUCGCCCGCACAAGAUCAGUGAGUCCUCGAAGGUGUACAGAUGGGAUGACCACUCUAGUCUUGUUCUUCAGAGUCUGAAUGAGCAGAGGCACCGAGGCCUCUUUUGUGAUAUUGUCCUUGUGGUGGAUGAACAGAGAGUCCCUGCCCAUCGGAACCUCCUAGCUGUUUGCAGUGACUACUUCAACUCUAUGUUCACUAUUGGUAUGCGAGAAGCCCACCAGAAAGAGGUUGAACUUUUUGGAGCCUCUUAUAUAGGUCUCAAGGCUGUGGUAGAUUUCCUGUAUGGCAGCGAGCUGUCUUUAGAUGGCGGCAAUAUUGACUAUGUGCUCGAAACAGCUCAUUUGCUGCAGAUCUGGAAGGUGGUUGACUUCUGUUGCGAGUAUCUUGAGAAUGAAGUCAGUGAGGAGAACUAUCUGUACCUGCAAGAGCUAGCCUCUAUAUACAACCUGAAGCGCCUUGACUCCUACAUUGAUUCUUUCAUCUUGCAGAACUUUGGCACGCUGUCUUUCACCCCAGACUUCCUGCAGAACGUUUCCAUGCAGAAGUUGUGCCAGUACCUGGACAGCAGCAACGUGCAGCAGGAGUGUGAGCAUGACUUGCUGCAGGCUGCCUUGCAGUGGCUCACCCAGUACCCGGAAAGGGAGAAUGAGGCUUACCAGGUUCUGGAUAACAUUCACUUUCCUUUGAUACCUAAAAGCGAUCUUCUCCAUCGAGUCAAGCCUGCUGUCUGCUCCCUUCUUCCCAAAGAAGCAAACUGUGAGGGAUUUAUAGAGGAAGCGGUGAACUAUCAUAAUAAUGUCACUGCUCAGCCAGUGCUGCAGAACAAACGGACUGCUCUGAGAACUAGCGAGGAAAGGCUCCUCUUUGUGGGCGGGGAGGUUUCCGAACGGUGCCUAGAACUGAGUGAUGAUACCUGCUUCUUGGACAUCAGAAAGGGGCAAUGGGUAGCAGAAACGCCUCUGCCAGCCAGACGAAGUCACCACUGUGUUGCAGUCUUGGGAGGCUUCAUCUUCAUAGCUGGAGGCAGUUUUUCAAGAGACAAUGGAGGGGAUGCAGCUUCAAAUCUCUUAUAUAGGUAUGAUCCCCGCUGUAACCAGUGGAUAAAGGUUGCCUCCAUGAGACAACGACGUGUAGAUUUCUACUUGGGAGCUAUUUCCGACAUGCUGGUAGCUGUUGGUGGCAGGAAUGAAAAUGGGGCACUUUCUUCAGUUGAGACCUAUAGCCCUCAAAAAGAUACAUGGUCCUAUAUAGCAGGCUUGCCAAGGUUUACUUAUGGCCAUGCUGGAACAGUCUACAAGGAAUUUGUGUACAUUUCAGGAGGCCAUGAUUACCAAAUUGGCCCAUAUAGAAAAAAUCUGCUCUGCUAUGAUUAUCGCACAGAUGUUUGGGAGGAGAAAAGGCCAAUGAUCACUGCCCGGGGGUGGCACAGUAUGUGCACCUUGCAGGACCAUAUCUACUCCAUUGGAGGCAGUGAUGACAACAUAGAAACCAUGGCCCGUUUUGACAUUCUGAGUGUGGAGUCGUACAGCCCUCAGUGUAAUCAGUGGACCAGAGUUGCUCCUCUGUUGCAAGCAAACAGUGAGUCAGGGGUGGCAGUUUGGGAAGGCAAGAUUUAUAUUCUUGGAGGCUACAGCUGGGAAGAAACCGUCUUCUCCAAAACAGUCCAAGUUUAUGAUAAGGAGAAAAAUAAGUGGUACAAAGGAACUGACUUACCCAAAGCAAUUGCUGGUGUGUCUGCGUGUGUCUGUGCAUUGAAACCUAAAACAGAUGACAAAAAGAAAAAGUCAAAAACAAAAAAACAUCAAGAUCGAGGAAGAUGACUACUUCUGGAUAACCAGCCUUUGAGGGUGGACUGCAAAGGAACUUUAUAUUGAAACAUUUCUUUCUAACCUUGAUUGUUUUCUUUUAAAAUGGAAACAAAAGAAAGUGUCUUCUGCAGCCUCAGAAAAUGUACAAUUGAAUGUGGGUUUUUUGGUGGGUUUCUUUUUUUUUGGAUUGAGCUCAUGUUUAAGGUUAAAAACAACAAAAACACAAACUGCAAAACCCCCUACUACUGUGUAAGGGGUGAGGUGACAAGAGAGGUUAUGCCACUCUCCUGAAUGUUAUGGCAUAGUCUUUUACUUCUGUGGUUCAUGGCAUUUCCAUGCACAUUGUAUUCUAUUGAUGUUUUAAAAUGAAACUGAACCUUUGGCUGAGAUGAUAAUGUAGACAGAAGGCAGAGUACUGAGUGUCUAGUUUGAAGUUACAGAGCAGUUCAGAGAAGUUCCAAGAGCAACUGCUAAGAAAAAAUAAAAUGGAACUUGGACAUUGUUGUAAAUUUUGAAUUUUUGUUCCAUUAAAUUUCAUUUACAGUGCGUUCUUGAGUUGUUAGUAUCAGAUUUCUGGAACACAUGAGUGUUCAAAGAGAAUAUUGCUUUUGGUGAAUGCAAGUCAGAGUAGCUUAUUGAGCAAAUAACUUCACUAUACUCUUAAGAUUCAGAAGAUGUUACUAGGUGGCUAAAGAAUAGAUGGGAGUGACAUGGGCUGGGAGUGACAGCACUGUGAACUCUGAAAUCUGGGAAAGAUUACAUGAACCUGCAUCCCUUGUUGGCAGCAGGAACUGUUCAACAUUUUUCAUAACUAAACACAAGAGCAAGCUUUUCUUAGCCUUCAAAACCUGCCCCAGAACGAGAAGAAAACUACUGAAGUGCUUGGGAAGACUUGAGGAUAUGGAUGGAAACUGUAUAGUUUGCCUGGAGCUUCAAAGCAGAUGGAACUGAUACAGUUCAUUGUGAGGCUGGGGGUGGCUAUGCAGGUAACGGGGAAAAAUGGCAGGAGGAGCCUCUAGGUGAACCUGAAGCAAGAGUAUGUCCUUCCCAGCCCCUUCAGGCCAUAGAAGCUGGGAUCUGCUUCAUUUACCUUGGGGCUCACAAUGGUUGCUACUAGUAGCAAGUGCGCAUUUGGGAUGUGUGUACUGGCACGUCUGCUAUGAAGAAGACCCUGAUUAACCCAGGGUAAUUAUUUGAGAUUCAAUAAUCCUGAGGAAAAAGCAACUUGGAUUUUUUAUUUGAGCUAAUAGCCCACUCCCUCCUGCCCAAGUUCAAAAUGGAUUUUCAUGGAACUGAUAGGCUUGGUGGGGACUCCAACCCAGGGCUUGUCAGGCAUGCAACAGAACAUCUUCCCCAGCAAGAAGGGUUUGAAACGGAGAAAAUUAAAAUAUUCUCAGGGCUGCGUUUGGGGCCCAGACAGAAGGACUGUGAAUUGCAUGUUGGUCGGUGUCACGUUAUCCUCUGCAUACCAAGUAAAGAGAUUUCUGACCCAAGUGUUAGUCCGUCCUCUACAAACACAGCUCAUUCUGCUGCAGAUAUUAAAAUUCCCCGACUGUCUGGCCAGCCUUGGGUCAUUCACCCUGGGGCGUUUUACAAACGCACCUCUGACUUGCAAGAAGUUGAUCACCAGCAAUCUGAUCCAACCGCUUUAGUUAUUGUAAUAAUGCCAGGCCACAGACUAGUAUUCCUCCUUCCCAAAAGAAGAAAGUUUUAGAAAGUUUUUAAAAACUUUUAUACUCUUUUAUAGCACAUUUUGCUAACUUAGUCUCUUGUUUGCCAUAUAUUAUUUACUAUGGAAGCUACUGCUCUGUAACUGUGGCCCUAUUGUUGCUGUCAGGAACUCAUAACUAGAUGGAUCUUUCAGUCUACGUGUAUGGUUGGUUGGGAUGCGAUGCAGCUGUUAAAGCAGCAUUUACAUUCUCGGCAUUGUUAGGCAGUCAGCUAUAAUUGUGACUAUUGUACAGCCUCUUCACUGAUAGUCCGGCAUGUCAGACAUGCUAAAAAACAUUCUUUAUUUUCAGCUAUUGGUGAUCUCCUGAGUGGAUUUCAAGAGCUUUAGUUUAAAGUUCUGCUGGGGAACUCUUUUUUAUUAUUAUUACUUUUUUUCCUCCCCUCUCUCUUUUCCCUCAGUCUUCCUUUCACAACUCCCUUGUCAUGCACCAUAAGCAUCUAUUUCAAUUUGCCCUUUUUUUUUUUCCACCCAGUGCACAUGCAGUCAAUAUCCUGAUACCCUGUUUUUUGCAACUCUUUAUGCAUUAAUGAGGAUUAAUUGGAAAACAGUAGAGAACAUUUUUGCACUUAAAAAUGUCAUUUGAAGAUCUUGCAAUUUAGAGAAUUCCUAGAUCUGUUACAAUAACUUGUAUUGAAAGAAGUACCUCUCAGUAAACUUCUGGAGUGCAAGGAAGUUACAGGACUUUCCCAGUGCUAAGAAAGGAUUUGAGAAAACUGGUUAUGAGAUGAAUGUUGUAAAACUCCUUGAUAUUUUUGGGGGUGUUUAAAAAACAUACCUAAGGAGUUUGUCUUUCACUUGCAUUAAUGAAUUUGUUUUAAAGCCUUUGUACAUUGCAUGAGGUAAUGGUUAUUAUUUUUUUAUCCUAAAAAUAAAUACAUUUUGGCUAUGACAAACUCAUUAAUGAGUUUCUUUUAUAUGUGUGUGUGUAUAUAUAUAUAUAUAUCUGAAAUCCUUGCUACGUUAACUGACAACAACUACUUAGCUUGUGGGGAAGUUUUCACAUGUAAGUAUAGAACGAAGAUUUCAAAGACUUGCUUUAUUUCUGUUAGUUGGUUGCUUGUUCCUAUACUCUCCCCUUUUAAUUAAAUGUGCUUAUGUAUUACAUUGAUGUCUGAAAAAAUAAAUCCAAUUUAGAAUAUUGUAUUCA